UCUACCUCAAACAGGUGUACAGAAACCAAACCAGACUCUCUUUUUUCCCAAGCGCACAAGAAUAAUUAAACGCUUAGUGCACAGGAAAAUUCAAGCGCAAAUGUAAAUGUACAUAGUUAGCUUGUGGCACCACUAUUGAUUUCUACUAUGAGACUACAUCGGCAGUGCGGAAGCAACAUUUACUCGUCCAAACUAUGCCGAAUAAUCAUCAAAUUGUUUUUCUUUAAUCUAAACACAGCAAGUAUCUGGAGACACCAACCGCUGUGAAGGCAUCAGUCAUUUUAUGAUGGAAGAAACACGGUUCAGUCGAGGACGACCGGUAAGCGUAAAGGACGACGACAACGCUGCUGCUGUUGCCGAUGGAAGCGUUGGUAAUCAGCUGCCAAUUGCCAGUGCUCCCCUGCAGGACGAUAACGAUACUCACGAUGCGGGAGUGGGUUACACGUAUCCCUUCCCGCUACCGGCAUCGCGGACGAAGAAACUGAUCAUUUUUGCAGUUGUAUUUGUUGCUGUGAUAACGGCUUCCGCCAUAACGGUACUAGCGCUGUGGCUAAAUGGCACGUUUGGAUACGCGACGCACACUAGCGAAGCUCUACCGUCAACGGGAGUAAACAAUACCAUGAAUGAGCGCGUGAACACUUCCGGAGGGGCACCUGAAGCCGUAACUCCCAUAAUUUUUUGGACGCCAGCGGUGCCCAACGUCCCCGUCCGUCGGAUGCACGACAUCACCACAUUCCCGCCACAGCCGACCAUAAUCCUUCCCGAUAUUACCAUCUACCCGCACAAAUUCUGCACGCAAAAUACAUCCACCAACGGCAGCGAUGUCGUGCUUCUGGCCGUGAUCACCGAACCGGAAGACAGCGCUCUGCGCGUCGAAUACCGGCACAUCUGGAAUCAGUAUCUUCCCUAUAUCUCCGGCAAUCUGGUGUUUUUCCUAGCGGUCUCACACGUGCCUACCAUUCAAGAAACUAUUAAGCAGGAAGCGUUGCAGAACGGGGAUAUUCUGCAACUGAACACGCCGACCAGUUCUACAGAGAAAUACCUCAAGACCCUCGCUGCACUGCAGUGGGCAGAUGAAAACUGCCCGCAUAAGUUUAUGUUGCGGAUGAAUGUCGAUGUGCUGGUGCAAGUGGAAUCGUUGAAAACGAUGCUGGACAACGCGCUAAAUAAGCGCUUGGACCACGCAGCAGCUAUUUUGGGUGACGUUAUUGAGGAGGAGGGUGUGGCUGACACAUCCAACUUCCCGAAAUUCGUCCUGGGUUCGUUCUAUAUUAUUACCCGGCCGGCCUUUCGUCGCCUCGUGGAAGCCUGUCAGCGAGUGCGUCCCAUUUCCCUGGAGGAAGUCUACCUGACCGGAUCGUGUGCGGAUGCCGGUCAGGUGCUGCGCAUAAAAGUGGAGGGUGUGGAGAUGGAGAGGGAGUUGUCGCUGUGGCGCAAGAUGUUCUCCUGCUUGCCAGUCCAUGUCCUCAGUGUCAACGGCGUGGGCAAAGAAAAUAUCAUUCACUAUUGGCAGAAAGCGGUGCGCGCCGGCUGUUAUGUGUGACGGUCUCCACUGGGAAUAUCGGAAGCGGUGCGCCGUUGAUGGCUCUUUUUAUGCCGGGUGGUUCAACCUUGGGACGAGGUUUAUCGACGUAAUUACUGCUGAGCCACGUUUCCGUCAUGUGAAGACGGAUUGUAAUGAUCUUCUUCUCCGGUGCAAUCUCUUUUAGAUCGUCUUUAUGUCUUUAUGUGGUGCACAUAUUCCUCCUUGGAUGUUUUCCGUGAGCUUGAAUUUGAAAUGAUUUUUAUAUGCUCAUCAUGGGUAAUGUUUUCGCAGAAACGUA